AUGAACCGACCUUACAGCACUAGCCGACCCUUUCCUCGGGCUAGAAGGGCUGAUAGCACAGAUUCGUCUGACGGAGAAAUUGCAAUCGCCGUACAACGCUCCGACAUGACUUUCAAACCUGAACCCCCGAAUAAGACUAUCUCCGUUAACAUGCAAAUGGCACAAAUGACAUGUGAGCUCUGUAGGAAGCAAAAUGAACGCUGUACCCAUGUCGGCGACACAACAUUGAGUAUGCUUCUGCCAUCAUGUUGCGUGGGUGUUAAAUCAAGAACGACCCAUACCUGUAACCAAAAUACCAGUAUCCGUAGUGCUGAGCUUGGAAACGAUACUAUCAAAGUUGAUAAUGAUUUUAUUCUAAAACCUGCGGCCUCGUUGAGUCCUACACUAGAUUCUGGUCUGCAACAGAGUACACAGGAAAAAUCUGCUCUACAGAAGCACACGAAAAGUCUCGGAGUCAUGGACGCAUGUUCGAAGCUCAUUGUAGAUAAACCAUGCAAAACACCGGGCGUCCCAAAUUGGGAAAAGGUCAAGGUCAAAGUCGAGAGUCUGAGAAUUUAUUACCCUGACGACCUACCAUACAUCCUCAUGUAUGAACACCGAGCUCUGAACCUGAGAUGUCAAGAAUGUCUCAACGAUAUGAAUCUUCGUGGAGGCGUUGGAAACAUCGGAAGCCACGUGAAUAGCCGACUUCAUGCACUUUACGUCGAGCGCAGGCUAAGAGACCUAGAAGCGCAGGGUUUUCAGAGGAAUCUCAAUGAAAAGGUUAGGGAAAGGGUAUCACGCUUGGAUAUUCAAUCAAAAUCGAAAAGAAAGCAUGCCAAGGCGCUCCACGGAAGAAAGAUCUCAACACAAAACUGUUCAAAACUUACAUUAUACAGCGACCUCGAAGAUGAAUUAGAUUCGGACUAUGAGCCAUUUCAGUCAAAACGUCAACGGGUAACAGACUUCUUCUCCCCCAAGUUGGCUUCUGAUGAUCUUCAGUCUGAUGUUGGAAGAUCCAACGAAGCUUUGAUGCGGUCCCAAGUCGGUAGAUUGGAGGAUGAGUUUGACAAAUUCAAAAAGACCAUGCUUUCCGUGCGUCAGAGCGUACUUGAGAAGACAAGUAGUUCGGAAAGAGAGCUUCAAGAACUCAAGUCGCAACCGCACACUGAUCGAGUUGUGAUAUUGCAAGAAAGGGUUAAUGCACUCACGGCAAGAGUCUCCAAUCUGGCUGGUCUUGUCGAAAAGCAUGAGCUACCUACCAGUCACAGUAGCACUGCUAACGACGCCGCCCUCGUCGAGGGUCUUGGAAAGUCCAAAGGGACAAUUAUGAAGUGCCUGGCUACCUCUGAGGAACUUUUGGCUGCUUUGGAGGAACAUAACGACAGACAUUUUUCUGAGAUCAAGGAACUAGAAAGAAGAUAA